CACAUGUGGCACUGGCUGAGCUGGCACUCGCUAUGCGUGUGCCAUACGUGGAAGCAGCAGCUCCUCCUCCCAGGUGAAUUUGCAUUUACUUCCUCAAUGUCAGUAGCUGAAACCUGCAGCUCUGAAGGCCUGGGCAAGCAAUCAUCACUUCUCUGGCAUGAAAAGUCACCAGGCUCGUUUGUUUCUGGAAGGAGCCGACAGUCAGGCUGCUCUUGUCACCUUUAGAAAGGCAUCCAGGGUUGUGACUGGGAACAGCCACACUGCAGUUCAUCCCACCUGUGGGAAAAAUUCCUUCCAGGGAGAGGGGGAAGAAGGAAGGCUGCUGCAGCCCCAGGAUGGCUGUGGUGGGAUGUGAGCGGUGCUGCGGAGCCAGGGGCUGUAGGUGCAGGUGGUGCUGGUCACCGAGGUGCAGCUGCCCCAGGAGCUGAGCUGUGCAGAGCACCUGGCUGGGGGUUGUUCCCAAGUCUGGCUGAGCUCUUGAGGAUGGUGUGUCUGUCCUAGAGCCUCAAAGGCGGUGCCGUGACUGUCCCAGAAACGCUGCUCUUCAUCUCCACACUGGAUGGGAACCUCCAUGCCGUCAGCAAGAGCACAGGGGAGAUCAAGUGGACUCUGAAGGAUGAUCCCAUUCUGCAGGUGCCGGUGUAUGUGGCAGAGCCAGCAUUCCUUCCAGACCCCAAUGAUGGCAGCUUGUAUAUCCUGGGAGGAAAGAACAAAGAAGGCUUGAUGAAGCUGCCGUUCACCAUCCCAGAGCUGGUGCAGGCGUCGCCGUGCCGCAGCUCGGACGGGGUGCUCUACACCGGGAAGAAACAGGACACGUGGUUCGUUGUGGACCCCAAGUCAGGGGAGAAGCAGACCACCCUCUCCACAGAGGCCUGGGAUGGUCUGUGCCCAUCCAGCCCCUUGCUGUACAUCGGACGGACCCAGUACAUCAUCACCAUGUAUGACACCAAGUCACGGGAACUGCGCUGGAAUGCCACCUUCUCUGAGUACUCGGCCCCGCUCUGCGAGGAGUCCUACCACUACAAAAUGGCACACUUGGCCUCGAGUGGGGACGGGCUGGUGGUGACCCUGGACAAGGAGAGCGGGGAGGUCCUGUGGGCGCAGAACUACGGCUCACCUGUGGUCGGCAUCUACCUGUGGCACCAGGACAGCCUGCGCCGCCUCCCCCACCUCAACCUGGCCAUGGAGACCCUGCGCUAUCUGACCUUCCAGUCACAGGACAUCCACGUGCUCAAGUGGAGCUACCAGUCCGUCAAGGACUUCGCCGCCACCAAGACGCAGCUGCUGCCAGCGCUCUACGUGGGAAAGCACGCGGCCGGUUUCUACGCCGUGACGUCCCUGGUGCACGGCAGCGUGGCGCUGGUGCCCCAGGGCAUCACGCUGGCCAGGAUCGACGGCCCCACCACGGACGACGUGACCAUGAGGGAGUCCGGGGAGUGCGAGAUCAUGCCCAGCACCAACGUCAAGUACCCGCAGGGCAGCAUCACCUCACUUCACAACCAGUGGCUCCUCAUAGGGCACCAUGAGCUGCCUCCUGUGGUUCACACCACGAUGCUGCGAGCUUUCCCAGAGAACCUGAGGAAAACCACGGAAUCCAUCAUCCCCAGGGCUCCUCCCGCCAGGACCGUGUUCGACGAUUUCCUGGCCCCAAGCAGCCCGGAGGAGCCAGCUGUGCGCAGCGAGGGGCAGCUCCAGCCGGACCCCACGCAGGGGGAGCAGCUGGAGGUGUACCCCGAGCCUGGCACCUGGGACCUGGCCAUCGGCGUUGGCACAGCUCUGCUGGGCGGGGGAAUCCUGGUCCUGCUGCUCACAAAACUGCAGCGGCAGCAUGUGGAGGAGCAGAUACACCUCCUGCAGCAGCAGCAGGACAUGCUGCACCCCAGCCAAGUCUUCAGGGAGGGCAUCCCUGAGGAGCCCAGGGAGCUGGAGCUGAGCCAGGGAAGUGCAGCAGAGCUCUCACAGAGCUCCAGCCCCUCAGCCUGCCUGAAGGACCCGGCUAACGGGACAGUCAGCCCAGAGCCGGCUGUCCCAGUGGCUGCUGAAGAUGCAGAACCAGAUCUGGUUGUAGUUGGGAAAGUUUCUUUUAACCCCAAAAAUGUGCUGGGCCAUGGAGCUGGAGGAACCUUUGUCUUCAGGGGGCAGUUUGAGGGCCGGGACGUGGCCGUGAAGCGUCUCCUGCCCGAGUGUGUCCACCUGCUUGACCGUGAGGUCCGGCUGCUCCGGGAGUCGGACGAGCACCCCCACGUCGUCCGCUACUUCUGCACGGAGAGGGACCGGCAGUUCCACUACAUUGCCAUCGAGCUGUGCUCCGCCACGCUGCAGGAGUACGUGGAGAGCCCCAGCUUUGAGCGCCGGGGGCUGGAGCCGGUGUCGGUGCUGCGUCAGACCAUGUCCGGGCUGGCCCACCUGCACUCCCUCAGCAUCGUGCACCGGGACCUGAAGCCCUGUAACAUCCUCAUCUCUGUCCCCAAUCGCCACGGGCACAUCCGCGCCGUCAUCUCCGACUUCGGCCUUUGCAAGAAGCUUCAUGGGGGACGACAGAGCUUCAGCCUCCGCUCUGGGAUCCCCGGCACUGAGGGCUGGAUCGCGCCCGAGGUGCUGCAGGAGGCCCCGAAGGAGAACCCUACCAGUGCUGUGGACAUCUUCUCAGCUGGGUGCAUCUUCUACUACGUGGUGUCGGGGGGACAGCAUCCCUUUGGGGACAGCCUGCGGCGCCAGGCCAACAUCCUGGCGGGCUCCUACCAGCUGAGCUGCCUGCAGGAGGAGGCUCACGACAAACUCAUUGCAAGGGAGCUGAUUGUGGCAAUGAUCAACUCCGAGCCCCAGCGCCGGCCCUCGGCCCCUGUGGUCCUUGUGCAUCCCUUUUUCUGGAGUCAGGAGAAGCAGCUGCAGUUCUUCCAGGACGUCAGUGACCGUGUGGAGAAGGAGCCAGCUGAGGGGCGAAUCGUCUCAGCCCUGGAGUCAGGGGGACGGGCGGUGGUGAGGACCAACUGGAGGAUGCACAUCUCCCUCCCACUGCAGAUGGACCUGAGGAAGUUCCGCACCUACAAGGGAGGGUCAGUGCGUGACCUGCUGCGGGCCAUGAGGAACAAGAAGCACCACUACCACGAGCUGCCGCCCGACGUGCGGCUGGCGCUGGGCUCUGUCCCCGAGGGCUUCGUGCAGUACUUCACCUCCCGCUUCCCCCGGCUGCUGCUGCACACGCACAGGGCCAUGCAGGUCUGUGCCCACGAGCGCAUCUUCCAUUGCUACUACAGCCAGGGCCCGAGGGGCGACAGCGCCUGAGCGGGCACAGCCACGGCCGGAGGGCAGCGCGGCCACCGCUCCCACCCCGGCCCUGCUCCGUGUCCUCCUGCCAGGGCCGGGCAGGGCCCAGCAGGCCGGGCACCAGAGACGGGCACAGGGCACCAGAGAUGGGCACAGGGCACCAGAGACGGGCACAGGGCACCAGAGAUGGGCACAGGGCACCAGAGACGGGCACGGGGCAGCAGAGAUGGGCACAAGGCAGCAGAGAUGGGCACAGGGCACCAGAGACGGGCACAGGGCACCAGAGACGGGCACGGGGCACCAGAGAAGGGCACAGGGCACCAGAGACGGGCACGGGGCACCAGAGAUGGGCACAGGACAGCAGAGAUGGGCACAGGGCACCAGAGAUGGGCACAGGACAGCAGAGAUGGGCACAGGGCACCAGAGACGGGCACGGGGCACCAGAGAUGGGCACAGGACAGCAGAGAUGGGCACAGGGCACCAGAGACGGGCACGGGGCACCAGAGAUGGACACAGGGCACCAGAGAUGGACACAGGGCACCAGAGAAGGGCACAGGGCUGCACUGUGCUCUCACUUGGGCUUUCCUGAGGGACCCUCUGGGCAAUCACCUUUACAAACACAGUCAGACUGGAGUGUGAAGGCAUUUGGGUCAGAAAACAAAGCCAUCGCAGCUGGACACAGCGCUCGGAGAAAUAAGAGGAAAACACAACGUGUUUUCUCAAGCUGGCAUCUGUCCUGGGGAGACAGUCCCCAGGGACAGGGAGCUUUGUCCUGUGUGUUCUCUCCUGUGCCAGGGGCUGCCACUCCUUGAGCUGUGCCCAGGCCCUGGUCACAGGGAGCUGUGCUCAGCCUGGCCAGGCUGAGCAGCCCCACAGUGGAGGUGCCAACCUCAGCUGGGCUCAGAACAAGGGGUUCUCCCUUCGGGUCCCCAGCAGCCUGUACCUCUGCCAGGCCUGAGCCCCCGAGCAGGUGUACAGCACUGCAGGAGCACUUGGCUCUGGGCUCAAAGAGGGAAUUCCUUUCCCCUGGGAUCCUUCCCUCAAAGACAGGCCCUAUGCCUGCAGCUCCCCAGCCUCUCCUGCUGCCCAGGCUGGUGUCCCAUGGGUGCUCUGGUUCAUGGCAUUCCCAUGGCCACGGGUCCCUGUGAGCCAGCCAAGUUCCUCUGUGGAACAGCAAUAAUUUUGUACAGUCUGAUUCCUGUAUGUGCUGGGGUGUGGGAUUUUGUUACACAGGUAACAGGGUUUGUACCAGGUUUCUUUUCAGAAUAUAUUUAUACAAAAUGUUAUAAAAAUUA